UAUUCCUAGACAAAAUCCUAAAAAGCACUUUGAAGAGGGAAGCAAUCAAAAACUUAAGCAGCCAUCCUUCAACCGAACGUGGAAAUUUUGUAAAUGCAAAAGAGUUACUAUUUGAUUUAGUGUUACGCUCCCCUUCUUUUCACUUCACUUCCGUCUUGGAAUGGAAAAUCCAUUUUCCCGGUAAAACCGCGCAACAGCCCCCACACCCUUUUCCAGAAAAAAAAAAAAAAAAAAGAAUACUAAUAAUAAAUAAAAAUAAACAACCAAAUAAUAGAAAAAAUCCAAAAAUAAAAUAUAGAGAAAAGGAAAAGAAAAAUCACAUCACUUCAUAUUUAUAUCCUAAGAUAACAGACUGAUACACAUUCAUGUUUACAAAUAAAACCUUCAAAGCCAAAACGACAUCUUCUUACCUCUUUUCUCUUCCCUCUCCGGUGUCUCCUCCGCCGCCAUCAAAGUCGGUUCUUACUUUUAAUGACUUUCGAUUGUAUGCGCACACAAAUGGAUAUGACAACAGAAUGAGAAAUCGCCAGCGGCGAUCAUGUCACUGUCGUGCUCCGAUUGCUUCAAUGACCUUCUCUGCAGCGAAGACUCUUCCGAAAUCUUUUCCACCGGUGACUCACCGGAAUACUCGUCGGACCUUGAAUCUCCUGCCGGAACCGUAGAAUCCAUUGCCAGUUUCAUCGAGGACGAGAGGAACUUCGUCCCUGGAUUCGAUUAUUUGUCUCGCUUCCAAUCUCGCUCUCUCGAUGCAUCGGCUCGAGAAGAUUCUGUUGCAUGGAUUCUCAAAGUGCAAACAUAUUAUAGAUUCCAGCCAUUGACCGCGUAUCUCUCCGUCAACUAUUUGGAUCGGUUUCUCUACUCUCGUUCAUUGCCGCAAAGCAAAGGAUGGCCAAUGCAACUCUUAUCUGUUGCUUGCUUGUCAUUAGCAGCUAAAAUGGAGGAACCUCUUGUUCCUUCUCUAUUGGAUCUUCAGGUAGAAGGUGCCAAAUAUAUUUUUGAACCCAGAACAAUCCGGAGGAUGGAACUUCUUGUUCUUAGUGUGUUGGAUUGGCGGCUGCGAUCCGUGACGCCAUUUAGCUUUUUUGGUUUUUUCGCAUGUAAGCUCGACUCGUCUGGUGCUUAUACUGGGUUUCUAAUUUCACGAGCUACAGAAAUCAUUUUAUCAAAUAUGCAAGAAGCGAGCUUUCUCGAGUACUGGCCGUCAAGCAUUGCUGCCGCCGCAAUACUUUGUGCAGCCAACGAAAUACCAAACUUGUCUCUUGUUAAUCCCGAACAUGCUGAAUCAUGGUGUGAUGGGCUAAGCAAAGAAAAAAUCAUCAGCUGUUAUCAGCUAAUGCAAGAUCUUGUGCUUGACAAUAGCCGGAAAACGCUUCCAAAAGUUUUACCAGUGCUUAGAGUAACAAUUCGGGCCAGAAUGAGGUCCAGUGACUCGUCUUCCUUGUCAUCUUCGCCAUCACUAUCGUCAUCAUCUUCAUCAUCGUCAAUAUCUUAUAAAAGGAGAAAGUUAAAUAAUUGCUUAUGGGUGGAUAAUGACAAAGGAAACUCCGAGUAAGGCAAAGGGGGAAAAAAUAAAUAAAAGGAGAACCUAAAGAAAAGAAAAGAGAAAAAAAAAAAAGGAAGAAUAAGGGAAGAAAUUAAAUGGUGGUCCAAAGUUAUUAGAAUCCUCAAAAUAUUUUCUUGGAGGGGAUAAUUGACUCGGGUGAUGUAGAUUAUUUUUUGUAUAUAUAUAUAUAUAUAUAUAUAUGGUGUGAAUUAGAGUUUGGUGAGUUUGAAGAUUUAUUAAUUUCUUUUUUGGUAGUGGGGUUUGCCAUUGAUAAUUAUUAAUGGCAUUGCAGAUUCCCAAGGGAGGGGAUUUGCGUUACCCUUUUAAUAUUUUUGUGUGAGAAAGUUAGGGGAGAGAGAGAGAGAGAGAGAGAGAGAGAGAGAGAGAGAGAGGGGAUAAAGACACUCAUCAAUCUAAAAGCUACUGUUUAAAAAAAUAGUGGAGCGUCCUACAGAGUGUGAAAGAAGUGGCGAUGAAAAUUCAAUGGCAGCACCGAUUAUUGAAUGAAAGGGAAGGGAGGAGAAGGUGGGGCCUUUCAAGAAAAAUUAGCGAUUGAGAAGUUGAGACAUUGAAGCUAAGAGCGUUCUUUGGUUCACCAUUUUGUGAUGGAAAUUCGGAUCUGUUUAUAUUAUAGGUUGAUUUUGAGAGUGGUUUGUGUGCACAUGCUCGAGGCGUGCAUGGCUCACAUGUGUGUAUGUGUGCUUUUUUGGCGGGAAAUUCCUCUUCUAAGUUCUACUGGCCUUCACCUUGGCCUAACCAUACUACUAGACUCCUCACCACGUGACUGGUGGUGGUUACACGUGUGUAGACUUUCUUAAUUAAUUUUCUUUUUAUUUUUUUCCCUUAAUUUUUUGUUUUUACCAAGAGGAGAAACCUCUGACAAGGCCUAAAUUAACAUUGGCCUGACUAAAAUACAAAGGUCUUUGGGGCCUUUCACGCGUGUUUGUAUCUGAUAAUUCUGAUUACUAUAAUAAUCAUCAUCAUAAUAAUCCAAAUAUAUUUCUCUUUUUUA